AUGAAGAUGGCGGCGCCUCUCGCCAGCAAGGCAGGGUCCGCCGGCACCAACAGCAAGCCUCCCUUCCCGGAGCUGGAUUUCCGAUCGGGAGCCAGGGUGGAGGAAUUGAAUAAACUCAUCCAGGAAUUCACCAAACACGACCAGAGGGAGUACGACGACCAGCGAGCCCUGGAGAUCCACACGGCGAAGGACUUCAUCUUCUCCAUGCUGGGCAUGGUUCAGAAACUUGACCAGAAGCUGCCUGUAGCCAACGAGUACCUGCUGCUUUCAGGCGGUGUGCGGGAAGGUGUGGUGGACAUUGAUCUUGAUGAACUGAAUGUUUAUGCACGAGGCACAGACUAUGACAUGGACUUCACCCUGCUUGUGCCCGCACUGAAGCUGCAUGACCGCAACCAACCAGUCACGCUGGACAUGCGCCACUCGGCUUUGUGCCACUCCUGGCUGAGCCUGCGUCUGUUUGAUGAAGGAACUAUCACCAAAUGGAAGGACUGCUGCACGAUCGUGGACCAUAUCAAUGGAGCUACCAAUUAUUUCUUCUCUCCGACAAAAGUUGCAGACUGGUUCUAUGACUCCAUUAGCAUUGUCCUCUCUGAGAUCCAGAAAAAGCCUCAGCGAGGGAUGCCAAAGGUGGAGAAGGUAGAAAAGAAUGGGACUAUCAUAUCCAUCAUUUUGGGAGUAGGCAGCAGCCGCAUGCUGUACGACAUUGUCCCUGUGGUGUCCUUCAAAGGUUGGCCAGCUGUGGCCCAGAGCUGGCUGAUGGAGAACCACUUCUGGGAUGGGAAGAUCACAGAGGAGGAAGUCAUAAGUGGGUUUUACUUAGUGCCUGCAUGUUCCUACAAGGGGAAGAAGGACAAUGAAUGGAGGCUGUCAUUUGCCAGAAGUGAAGUGCAGCUGAAAAAGUGCAUCUCCAGCAGCCUCAUGCAAGCCUAUCAGGCCUGCAAAGCUAUCAUCAUCAAGUUGCUGUCCCGCCCCAAAGCCAUUAGUCCCUAUCACUUGCGGAGCAUGAUGCUGUGGGCUUGCGACAGGCUACCAGCCAACUACUUGGCCCAGGAGGAUUACGCAGCCCAUUUCCUCCUGGGUCUCAUUGAUGAUCUCCAGCACUGCUUGGUCAACAAGAUGUGCCCUAACUAUUUCAUCCCCCAGUGCAACAUGCUGGAGCAUCUUUCUGAAGAAACCGUCAUGCUGCAUGCGCGGAAGCUGUCCUCAGUCCGCUCAGACCCUGCCGAACACCUUCGAACUGCCAUUGAACAUGUCAAAGCAGCCAACCGGCUAACACUAGAGCUCCAACGGCGGGGCAGCACCACCAGCAUCCCCUCUCCGCAGUCAGAUGGAGGGGACACCAACCAGCCUGAUGACCGAUUAGCCAAAAAGUUGCAACAGCUAGUGACUGAGAACCCCGGGAAGUCCAUCUCCGUCUUCAUUAACCCAGAUGAUGUCACAAGGCCUCACUUCAGAAUUGAUGAUAAAUUUUUCUGAGCUUUCAUCAA